UUUCUUGUGACUUGUAACUUGUUUCGCUUAUGGUUGUCUGAUAUCGUGUUCUCUUGCUCACUCGUCACUUCUUCCCUUUAUCUAGAACUGUCACAUCAGCACUGUUUAACUUUGAAGUGUCAACCAGUUAAAUUUCUUUACCUGCUUCAUAAUUUUAAGCCGGUUGCCGCUACUUGGCUUAUUUUCGUGAGGCAGAAUGGCUUAGUGUAGCGAGACAUCACUGUACUGUAUUCGGCGCAUAGUUUUUUACUAAAUAUGUGUAUGCAUUACUGCGGUGCUUUACUGAACUGCGCCCUAACCUAUACAGUAUAGUUAUCUAUGAGCCGGUGCGAUACGCUUGAUCGUAGAGUAUCUAUACCUAAUUUGUAAAGUGCUACAGUGCAAAUAUUUUGAUCCCAAAAAUUAUAGCUGUGUGUGUAUAUUUAAAAAGAGCAAUGAAAAAAGUCAAAGCAAAGAGAGCAAAAAUUAUCAAAUGAUAUAAAGGAAAGGAAAAAUUAUUCGACACUAGUAUGACUCAUAGUAGAUAAGUAUGUGACUCAUAGCCUUGCAAGAAAUUCAUGAUGGUUCUAUUGCACAAAUAUCUCGGAAAUAUAACAUUCCAGAAUAACGCAGAGAGGGAUACAUCAACAGUAUUCGACACAGGAUGACAAGCAAGACACCGUAUGAAGAUAACAAUGUACCUAACAGAUUAGAACGUCAGAGCGAUUUAGAAGAGAAUAAAAUGCAGGAUGCCAAUAAAGUUGCAAGACAGAUAACUGGAAGCUGUGAAGAACACAUUCCUUUUGGAAUGAAUCCAGAAAAUUCUCAAUUAGAAAAUGGAGGACAACAGAAAGAAGAUGUAGCACAACAUAUACCAGUGUUUGAACAGAGACUGAGACUCGAUUCUAAGACUGCAGUAGAUCUAGCGGAUAGUAGCAAUAGUGAUUUAGACCGAAUUGAACAGCGUAGUAAUGUAUGCAGAACAAACUCCGAACAGCAAAUACAGCAGCCGAUCGAUACUGUUGAUGAAAAGUUAAUCAAGUUACUAGGUUUAGCAGACGGUCAAAAAUUUCUGACAGAGGGUCAAUUAAAAAAGUUAAACGAAGAAUUAGAAUCCGAUGCACUUAAUCAACAAAAAACAAUAGACUUUUUAAUACGGCGAGAAAUUAAUAUAACUGAUCAAGACUCGAAAACGCAGCUAAGUGCCAUAGAUACAGCAUGGGAAUACGAAUACUACUACUGUAUGAUGAUGUUGCUUGAGGCUGAUACAGAAUUUCCUCAUGAUUUUAACUUAGAUUCUUUCUACCAAGAUAAUGAAAUUCCAAAUAAAUUAAAAGUUCUUGUUAGUACUAGACAGAAAUUACAUGAAUCGAUUAAACAAAAUGAAUUAGAGCAAGUUCAAAAGUUAUCAAAUGGUAAGUUGUCGAAAUUUUUAAAUAGUGAAAACAAAUCGGCUCUGGAGACGGCAGCGGCGUAUGCAAAUGUUGAAAUUUUAGCAUGUUUAACUAAUAUCCAAUUACCUUUAGGAGAAAUUACUCUUACAGUAGCUCAACUGAAAUUGCUAAAACGUGUUAACGAAGAAGGUAAUACACUAUUAUCAAUAGCUGCUGAAAGUGGAAGGAAAGAUAAUGUAAAUUUUUUUAUUACAUGUGGAAUAGAUAUAAAUCAUCAGAAUAAAAUUAAACAAAGUGCUAUAGAUUUAGCUUGGGGAAAUGAGCAUUAUGAUAUUGUACUUGCAUUAUUAAAAGCUGAUUCGAAUUUUCCUUGUGACUUUAAUUUAGGCAGAUUAAAUGAACACAAUGCUCAGAAGGAACUUAAAGAAUUUGUUGAAAUAAGGGAUAAUUUACAUAAAUUGAUUGAAGAAGAUCGCUUAGGAGAUAUUCAAGAUUUGAUUGCUACCAGCGGGUCAAAGUUUUAUUUAAAUAGACAAAGUCAAUCGGCAGUCUUUACAGCUAUUGAAAAAAAAAGAUUUGCCAUUUAUGCGUUUCUUAAGUCCAAUGGUAUCAUGUUUAAAAGCGAUGGUGAAAAAGUGUGUAUAAGUAAUCUCCUUGAAGGAGAAAAGCAUAUGCUAAAAACAGAGCUGGAUCGUAGAUUUCCUCGAAUUAUUCAAGAUCAAGGCCAUAUAUAUUAUUUAAUGUCAAAGUCAAGAUCGCAAAAACCGGUUAAAAACACAAACAAUCUAAUCGAAAAAUUGUACAAGGAUUUAGAUUCCAUACCUGAAGUUUCAAUAAUUCUUAAAGUUGUACAAUAUACAGACUAUCUUGAUAUAAUUUUUGAUUUUGAUAAUGAAAACAUUGAGGAUAUUGAUCCUACUACUUCGAAAGCUAUAAAAGGAACUACUUAUUGUAGAGACGGUAGAAUUUACAUAGGGGCUAAGAAAGAAGAAAACGUACUAUUAGGUACUUUAGCACACGAGUUAACGCACCUUGCGAUGUAUGUCCUAUACAAAAAUGAUUGUAACCCAUUUGACAAUUUAAGAAACGAUAAAAGGCAAUCGUUUGAGGAAAUAGCAGCAACGAUUAAAGAAUAUACAAAAAAUAAAGUUAAGACGAUAAAUAGUAAUACCGAAGAUAGUCCGCUCGUAACUCUAGCAAGAGUAUUUACAUAUCCAGAGUAUGAUCAGCAAUCUGAAUUAAUUGCUAGAAUUCCUCAUAUCCUUGCACAAUAUGGUGAUGAAGGAAGAAGAUGGCUUAAUAAAAUUGAAGCGGUGAAGUCGCUUUUUGAUUAUUACACCAAUCAAAGAAAAGAGUGGGAUGAAUUCAUUAAUAACAGCUACUUAAUUAAGCCACGAAACAAUAUUCAAGUUAUUAACGAAUAUUUCGGAGAAAUAAACGACAUAAACAAUAUAAUAAAAGAUGGGAUACAUUUUGAAAAUCCUAUUGAUAUUGAUCAUUUUCUAACGUCAAGCGAACAAGUGUUUCUUCUAAAAACAGAGAACACUAUGUUGUUAAGCAUUUUAAGUAUUUAUGAAAGCUUGAUAAUUACAAAUAAAAAUUAUUUUAUACAAGACAGUUUUUUUUUGAAAUUGAAUUCUUAUAUAGAAAAGCGAGACGAAAUCAAUAAUCUACUCUAUUCCGCAGCAGGUAAAAUGCUGUGCAUAAGAUACUCCUAUGAUUCGGUUAAGGAAAAAUUAUCAGAUGUUUUAGAAAUUUUAAAUACGCUUUUAGAACAAAAAUCAGAUAAAAAGGUCAUAUUCGUAAUAUCAAGAAAUAAAACAGAGGAAUUUAAUGAAAUCAAAAGAGUGUUUAACAACAAGUGUUCUGAAGAAGAAACAGACUGCAAGUUCACAUUGAAUGACCUAACCGAAGAGUCACAGCAGAAGAUCUUGAAACGAGAAGUAAUAUUCCAAGGAGAAAGGAUGAGUUUGAAGAAUUUAAUAGAUAAAUCGGAUAAAAAUUCGAAACAAAUAAUUGAUGGAGAAACGUUAGAGGGACUCAUUACCAAUAAAGUAAUCAGGAUAGGUAGUAGGCCAUUAGGCACAACUGACUUAGAAGGAGCAUAUUCUGAAUUAGUCGAGGAAAUCAAUAUAAAAACUUUCAUUGAUAAAUUAUUAUCAGAAGAAUCAAGUGAUAUUUACAUUAUAAGUGGGAUAUCUGGCCCAGGCAAGGUUGACAGGUUAAUCGAAUACCUACGAAAUGCAGAUAUAGAUUACAGCAAAAAAUCAGAAGAUUUAAAACUCGGUAGUCGAGUAGCGGUAUUGAAUCGAGAUACUAACGGAGCUAUUAAUAACAGAAUACUAGUAACCGAUGAUCACUUUAGAAGAGGAAAUUUUAUGAAAAUAUGUAAGAGCAACCGGGGAAGACAAAUUUAUUGGAUUAAUAGAAAAGAUGAAGACAAUGUAUCUAAAUUCAUGCUAGAACAAAUUUAUAAUCCUGACUAUUACUUGAAAGAUGACAGAUUUCAUAGUGAAGUAGUUAUUGAGAAGAACGUAAAAGAACAGUUAACGUGUUGCACACUUACUGAAACAUUUUUUAUCUAUGGCACAAGCAAAGAGCAGGUCGCAGAAUGGCUUCGAUUUAGUAAUAAUGAAGAACGAAUAAGAUUUGAAGAAAAUUACAAGGAUCAUAGGAUAAAGUUCUUAAAUUCUCUAACUUUUCAAGAACUAGUUGAACAAAAUCACGAUCAAACGUUCCAUUUGCUUGUGUUUGAACAAGAUCAGCUUGUUUGGUGUGAAACUCAUAGUUCAUUAAUGAAUUUGAAGAAAUAUAAAGACUACAGGAAUACUGAACGUUCAAUAGGAGAGGAUACAUUAAUCACUAAAAUUAAGAACGAUAAAGUGGUAAUUAUCGCUGGUGAUCCAGGGAUGGGCAAAACCACUACUUUGGUUAAGUUAUAUGAGUCUCAGUAUGCAUCAGAAUCUGGCACGGAGGAGUCAAUGAUUAAGUCACACUGGCUGAUUACAGUCAAUCUAAAAGAUCACUUAGAUGCGAUAAGAGAUAUUGAUUUUAAUAAGCCAACUGAAACAAUACGAAUAAUAACAGAUUUUUUGUCACAAGUUGAUAAAAGCAUAAGCGAUGAUUUUACCAAAAGUUUAUUAGGUAUUGCGUUAGUAAAGCAGGAUUUUGGGAAGCCUUUAUUAAUAGCAUUUGACGGAUUCGAUGAAGUUUUAGAUAAAGAGAACAGAGAUAAAAUUGUCUCAUUAUUAAAAUAUUUAAAAGCUAAAACUGAAGCUAAAUUUUGGAUUACUACUCGUUUCCAUUAUCAGCAGACUUUAGAGAGUACAUUAUCAACGUUCGCUGUGAAGCUUGAACCAAUUGGUGACGCAGCAACAAGAAAAUUCAUUAAAAAGUAUUUACAGAAUCAUGUAAGACUUAUUUUAAGUCAUGAGGAGUAUCAAAGUAUCUUUGGCGAUAAUGAUGAAAUAAUAGAAAAUACGAGGAUGCAAGUAUACACCGCGGCAUUUUUACGGAAAAUGCACGGAGUAUUUAAAGACGAUGUAUCUAAGAUCAUUGGAACACCAUUACAGCUCUAUUUAAUGUUAGAAGGAUCCAUAAGAUAUUUUAAAGACUGGGCGCGAGACGUUAAUGGCCAAAUCCCAGACUUCAGUUAUCUCGGCAGCGACAUAUGGGAAGUAUAUGAAAAUUUUGUUGAUAGAAAAUAUAGUAUUUAUUUUAAAAAAGCAAAAGUUAAAGAACAACUAAAACGGGAUCAAGAUAAAGUAAUUUUUGACGAAUAUCAUAAAGCUCUCGCUAAAUCUAUCAUUCUUAAAACAGCACCAAAACAAUCAUUAGAAAAAUUUAGAGAUAUAGUUCUAACAGCUGGGAUUGUUAGAUCUGAUGGUAGCAAUAUUGAGUUUCUACAUCCAACUUUUGGAGACUACUUUGCUGCUAAAGUAUUCCUAAAUUGGAUAGUCAAAUUGAAAGUAGAAUAUCAGCAUAAACUAACGAACCCGAGAAAACAAGGAUAUUUAUUAACGGAGAUUUUAGUAAAGUCAGAUUAUCAAGUUAUACGAAUAUUUUUAAACAGUAAACUCCUAAUAGAGAAAAUGACAUUUAUACAUCUGCAUAAAAAAUAUUGUGAAGAAAAAAUUUUAUUUGUAGCAGCUAGAGAAAAUAAUGUAGGAAUCGCCGGUAUUCUGUUCGAUAAUACAGCGAAUUCAAGUAGCAUUCUUAAUGCUAGAGACCACGUCUACGGCAAAACAGCCUUGGGCAUAGCUGUUAUCUUUAGUAACCCGGAGAUGGUUAAAUACCUGAUAGGUAAAGGCGCCAAUGUUAAUACAAAAGAUAGAGUUGGCGAAUCGGACUUGUACGCGGCUGCUAGGUCUGGUCAUUUGGAGACGUUUAAAACUCUGAUAGAUAUGGGUAUCAAUUGUGAUGUAAAAAACGUCCUUGACGAGACAGUUUUGCAUACGGCUGUUAUGUGUGGGCACUUGGAGAUGGUUAAAAUUCUGAUAAGUCAAGGUGACAAUAUUGAUGCAAAAGACAACUUUGACCUAUCAGCGUUGCACAUUGCUGCUCAGAAAGGUAAUUUGGAGAUGUUUAAAAUUCUGAUAGAUGAAGGUGCCGAUAUUGAUGCAAAGAACAAGAAAGGCGAGUCAGUCUUGUACAUGGCUGCUAGGUCUGAUCAGAUGAAGAUGGUUAAAAUUCUGAUAGAUAAAGGAGCCGAUCUUGAUGCAAAAGACCUCUGUGGCCAGUCAGUCUUGCACAUGGCAGCUCAGUCUGGUCACUUGGAGAUGGUUAAAAGUUUGAUAGAUAAAGGUGCCGAUAUUCAUGCAAAGAGUAAGAAUGGCGCGUCAGUCUUGCACAUGGCUGCUCUGUUUGGCGAUUUGGAGGUGGUUAAAAUUCUGGUAAGUCAUGGUGCCAAUUUUGAUGCAGAAAAGGAUUUUGUCGCAGUGUUAAACAUGGCUGCUGAUUCUGGGAACUUCAAGUUGGUUAAAAUUUUGAGAGAUAAAGGAGCCGAUCUUGGUGCAAAAUACGACUUUGGCCCAGUGUUGCACAUGGCUGCAGCAUCUGGGAACUUGGAGAUGGUUAAAAUUUUGAUAGAUAAAGGUGCCAAUAUUCAUGCAAAGAAUAAGAAUGGCGCGUCAGUCUUGCACAUGGCUGCUCAGUUUGGCUAUUUGGAGGUGGUUAAAAUUCUGAUGGAUGAAGGUGCCGAUAUUCACGCAAAGAACAACAAUGGCAUGUCAGUCUUGCACGUGGCUGCUCUGUCUGGUCAAUUGGAGAUUGUUAAAAUUCUGUUAAAUCAAGGUGCCAAUUUUGAUACAAAAGACAACCCUUUCAUAGGUAUUUUCCUGAGAAAUAUAAAACGUUCAGCAAGUAUUUCUAAGCUGGUGCAGUUCUAUUCACACUUUCAUUAGAGGUGAGCGACGUGAGGAACGUGGCACGCUAUAAGAAACUGUGAAUAUUUCUAAUAAGACUAUAAAGAUUGAAUAUGUUGUUUUAAGCAAUAUAUAAUCUACAGAGUGUAUUCUUUCAGAAUAACCAUCAUUUCUAAAAUAUGUUCUAAAUUCUGUUAAAGAACUAUUUUGUAUACAAACUGCAUAUUAUUGAGCGAUCUCGACUUUCUAAGAUUGACUUCAUAAUGCUGUAGCUGAGAGGAAUCCUUAUAGAUAGAGUCGAUAUUAUCGUUACAUUGUUAGAUUUGUCUACCAGUUUUAUUUCUUCAUUAUGAACGUGUAAUUUGAUUAAGGAAUUAUCAAAUAAUUGUCCACAUUAUCGUUUUUGUUCAUCAGAUCCACAUUUCUGAACUCAAGCGCAUUUCUGAUGCGAAAUUCAAAAUAUAUGGUUUCCUUUAACUAAA